AUGGCUGUCCCCAGAAAAGCUUGCUCGGCCGAUGAUGACACCAUCCCAUGCAACCAGCAAGAAUGUCCUAAUAUCGAGCAAGUUCUAAUGGAACGCAGUUCACUAAGUGCAAGGCCAGGAUCCUUCGACACCAGUUCGAGUAAUGACAGUUCAUUCUUCAACGCGCUUCGAGCUACCUCUAGCAACGACCUCAUCCCACCCGCUGGAAGUGCGAUGCGCGAUAGUCUGGACAGCAGGGUAGCAGCAAAUGUCGCCAUGUUCUUUUCUCUCUCCUCUGAUAUCACGGGUAAUUUCCCUCAACCGCAAAGGAACAGAACCAGGCGAAAUAUGGGCCAGAUGGGCAAUCCCCGUACGCAUUUUCUAUCACACGGUUUCCCACAGUCCAUUACCGGCGAGGGGAUCGGAGGAUCUUUGCCCACAGCACUCUCACAACCACACGUCCUUGCGGAAGACGACCAACCUCGCAAGGUGGUAAGCCUGAAUGAUGCGGAUGACAUUUCGAGGCCGCCCAAAUGGCCCCAGAAGAUCAAAUCGCCUAUGAGUCCAACGCUUCCGAGAUAUCCUCCUCCGAUACGAUCACCCACUCCUCCGGGUCUCCCGUCCUUUGGCACGCAGGAAGCUUUGUCGUAUGCCUCCCAAUUUCCGGUUCAGUCUUCGACCCGUCGCGGGAACAACCUACAAAAUGUUCCCGCAGGCUCAAACUCCGCCUCGCGCAAACAACGCGCUCAAGAGUCGAGGCCAGUGUCAUAUGGGGAGUUACUACGAAGACUUUUCGGUAUUCCUUCGACCAAUCCUUCUGCCCCAAAUAAUCGACAAGUAUGCCUCCCAGCCCGGGCAGAAGAUGGUACUGCCGUCUUAGGACGCUUCCCUUAUCGUCAGAGUGGUCACGGCACGAAUGCUUCAAGAAGAAUCCACGAUCAUCCAUUCCAUCGGAGAAAUCUCUCUGUGGCUCAGUAUGAUGGGGCUGAUGCAGAAGACAACUCUGGGCUUUCUAGAAAAACAUACGCCAUGGAACAGCAGAGCAACCAACAUCCCCCGUUUGGUCCCGUUGAUGUAUCCAGUUCUGACGCAAUACCUGGGACGUAUCCCCCGGGAACGCCAGGACCGUCACCAGCAAUGCCUCGUCCAACCUUAGUUCGACGCGAUGCCGUGGUUAGCUCACCCACGCCUAUUCUUAGAGCUGAUUCUUACCACACCUGUGCUUCUGACGUACCCGAAGGGACACCCAGCCACAUAACCGGACAGGAGGCAAUGCAUGCUGACAAUACCAGCCUAUCUGGAUGUUUCCUUGCACCAACGCAAUCCCUCACUCCGAUUACUACGCCGAACCAGCCGAACAGAGUGCACAACGGGUCAGAAUUUGUGUUACAGUGCUUAAAAAUAGCCGACUCUAUUCUUUGCUGUGGGAUCAGAGACACCCCGGAAGAUCCGAUGUACUCCAAUACGUCGUCUCACGAUACCUACGUAACUGCUCAUGGUUGGGUUCCAGUUCGCGCACAACCAUCUCGGCCCAGUGCUGAAGCCCAAGAUCAACCCCGACCUACAGAGGCAUGA